UUCGAUUAAGAUAUUAAAUUCAAAAUGGGUUUCGAUUUUUCUCGGAGACAGUGGUUGACGAUCGUUGUAAUAUCGAUUGCUGAUUUCUGCAACGCGAUCUGUGUCGCUCUGCAGGCGCCGUUUUAUCCACAAGAGGCAGAGAAAAAAGGUUGUACAGCCGCAGAAUAUGGGCUGGUGUUCGGAGUGUUCGAGCUGGUGGUGUUCCUGGUGAGCCCCAUAUACGGCGCGCACCUCAACAGGCUCGGCCCGAAGCUGCUCUUCAAUGGCGGAAUACUCACCACCGGCACGUGCGCCAUUUUGUUCGGGUUACUGGACAAAGUGGAAGGUCACGUGCCCUUCAUCACACUGAGUUUCAUCAUCCGUAUUGUGGAGGCGAUGGGUAAUGCCGCCUUCCUCACCGCCUCCUUCGCUAUCAUCGCCAAGGAGUUCCCCAAUAAUGUCGCCACCAUGUUUGCAUCCUUGGAGACAUUCUUCGGCUUGGGUCUUAUCGUGGGCCCCACGCUUGGAGGUGCUCUAUACGACUUCGGCGGCUACACGCUGCCGUUCGCGGUGCUGGGGUCUGCGCUGUUCUGUGCUGCUCUAAUGAGCUGCAUCGUGCUACCGAGAAACCAUGACGAUGAGGAUGUCAAGCCGAGUGGACCUACCAUGACGUCGUUACUCAAAGUCCCUGGCGUUGCGCUGUCGGCAAUCAGUAUCAUGGCUACAAGUCUGAGUAUCGGGUUCUUACAGGCGACUCUAGAACCACAUCUACGUCAAUUCCAGUUCUCCUCCAUGGUUCUGGGCCUAAUGUUCGUGAUCAACGGCGGUGUAUACGCGGCGUCAGCGCCGGGCUGGGGCUGGCUGUGCGACCAGCCCACCAUCCGGCCCAAAUACGUCAUCGCUGUUGGCUGCGCCUGUGUGGCUUCUGGCUUCCUGCUGAUCGGACCUGCUCCCUUCUUUGAUAUGCCUACACAAAUGUGGGCAGUUAUACUGGGUUUGAUGCUUCACGGUCUCGGGAUGGGCAGUCAGCUGGUGGCUUCCUUCUCUGACGCUCUGGGAACUGCCAUUGCGAGUGGUCUCCCGAACUCCAUAGAGACAUACGGCUUGGUGUCGGGCAUGUGGACCUCCACGUUCGCACUCGGCGCAUUCAUCGGGCCGACCGUGUCGGGCCUGCUGUUCGACUCCAUCGGGUUCCGUAGCUCCACGCUCUUUGUCUUCAUACUGCACGUUCUGAUGAUGGUGAUGAUGCUCAUGUUCACAUGGACCUGCGACCGCUCGUCCAAGAUGGAUGUGUCGGUGUCUGCGGGCGACCUGCUGCAGAUCGACGGUACCCUGGACGAGAGCGUCCUCAUCGGAGAUAAGUUCCUGCCACCACCCAGGACAAAGAGCAACCGCUGCGGCAUCAGCGUGGAGCAGUCCCGCCCGCCGGCCAUGAACAGCCUGAUCGCGUGCUCGUCCUACAAGAACAGGCGCUCGCCGUGGUCGGCGCGCACGCCGCGCUACCGCCCCACGUACGGCUCGCUCGACCACCGCUACCGGGGCGCCUACGGGACAUAAGGCACAUGUAGAGACUUUAAUCGUAGUUAGGAAGGUUUGAAGGAAAAGUCAGCAAUGAAACUCGAUGAAUUAAA